AGGUACCCCAUGUAUGUUGUUGCGUUGUCGUUACUCAUAGCGGCUGUGACUGUCUGCUCCACAUUUGAGGACUCAGAUUCCGAAUACGAUAAACGAGCACUUUCCUCAUUCGAUACGCUGGCUGGUAUUGGUCUUGGUAAAAGGUCACAAGUGAGCGCUUUCGACUCUCUCGGAGGACUAGGACUUGGUAAGAGGGCUCUCAGUGCGUUCGAUACCCUAGGAGGCAUUGGAUUGGGAAAGCGAUCUUAUGUACUAGAUAAAAGACUCAGCAGUUUUGACACUCUUGGAGGAAUUGGUCUUGGCAAGAGGAGCGACUUGCUGAGGAGUGACAAAAAGUCAUUGAGCAGCUUUGACACUCUUGCUGGCAUUGGUCUUGGUAAACGAAGCAAACUAUUCAUCCGACAAUUCUACGUCCCAUAUCGAGCCUACAUGGAAGGCAAACAUCGAAGAGAACGAAAUUGAUCAUAUCGAGAACAAUCUCAUGACAAGCAGCCGUUAUCCCAAUAAGAUCUCCUGUGAGACGAUGAUGUGAACUUAUAGCCAUUGUCUGUUGUAGUAAUCUAUGCCCAUCAUGUUUAAAUGAAUGUUGCCUGAGUGAUUUGUUUCUAGUCAUCAUUCAGAAAUUGGCAUUGUGGCAGUUCAUAACUUAUUUGAUGAGUGCUUUAGGU